AUGGAAAAACGCAAGGAAGAACUCGAAAAGAAGCGACAAAAACUCGCGGAACUUCGACGUGCCCGAGAGGAGCGUAUUGUUGCCACCACAAAAGUUCAAACGCCACCGCUAAUUCCCCUCCCCAACAAUACCACUACUACUACUGGUCAGGCCCCGGCCGCAGAACGAAGCCGUCGAGACGCAAUUGAUGAUCUAGUGAAUCAGUUGCUUCACGAUAAAAAUAAAAAUGAAAAAGAGAAGUCUGAACACCCUGCUACUACGUCACCUGGUGACUCUGAUAACGGUUCUGAGAAAGGAGGUAGUGAGAAAGGAAGUAGUACUUUUGCUCCUUCAUACGCGCCAAAACCUUCGGUGCUGGGGCAAUUGGCUUCCCCUGUUUCGUCUAUGCCGCAAAGUCCUGCUAUCUCAAGUGCGAGAUUCAUACCAGAUUUUACUCAUUUCGAGACUAUUAUACUUGAUAUUGCUCCCAAGAAUAAAGUAUUCUACGGAAAAGAAGUUCAAACUACUGCCACAUCGUUUGGACCACAGCCGCCUUCCGAAGAAGAAAUCUAUCAAAAGCUAGCUAAAGAUUUGAAUGACAAGGAAAGAGAUAAAAUUAUUCAUUCCGUUGAAUUUUCCAAAUUUAUGGACUAUUCAACGAAAGUCGCGUUAAGAGCUCUCAAUGAAACAUAUGACAUACUCACAAAUUAUAGUGAAAGUGCAGAUAUUGACAGUAUGGAUGAAGAUUCGCAUGCACGUGUCAAAUUAGUGUGUACUUUCUAUGAUGAUAAAUGGUCAAAGAAUCGAUCAGUUACAGAUGUCAGCUGGUCACGCAAGAAUCCGGAACUUAGUGUUGCUUCAUACAACAAAAAUCCCAUGGCAAUGAAUGAACCAGAUGGAAUUGUUCUUGUCUGGAAUACACAUUUACUAGAAAGUCCGGAGUAUAUUUUUCAUUCCCAGUCUGACGUCCUCACCACCACAUUCUCUAAUUUCAAUCCAAACCUCAUUAUUGGAGGAACAUACUCGGGACAAAUUGUUCUUUGGGACACCAGAGCAAAAUCUCUACCAAUAUUAAAAACACCGCUUUCUUCCUCAGGACACACUCAUCCCGUUUAUUCCAUGCAAAUGGUAGGGACACAGAAUGCACAUGAUCUUGUCAGUGCAAGUACUGAUGGAUUGAUUUGUUCAUGGCACCUAGAUAUGUUGACUCAACCUCAGGAAACUUUGGAACUCGUGCAUCCGACACAUACUAAAACAGAUGAAGUGUCCGUGACAGCGUUAGGUUUCCCUGAUAAUGAGACAACAGCUUUUUGGGUUGGAACGGAAGAGGGAAAUGUGUAUCAAGCAAAUCGAUUUGAUCGAGCUGGAAGCAAAGCAGGAAUUAACCAAUAUGAUUGUUACAAGGGACAUUGGGGUCCGGUGACUGGUCUCCAAUUCCAUCCUCUAGCAGGAAAAAUUGAUUUUUCGGAUCUGUUUUUGACUGCUUCAGUCGAUUGGACAGUUAAGUUGUGGAGAGCCAAGUCAAUAUCGAAACCAUCCAUCGCAAAUACUACCAUCAGUCCUUUGUACUCGUUUGAGGGCGCAGAUGAUUACGUGUAUGAUGUAAAAUGGUCUCCUAAUCAUCCAGCAUUAUUUGCGUCUGUUGAUGGCACUGGAAAGUUUGCGUUGUGGAACUUGAACUCCGAUACUGAGAUUCCUAUUGUAAGCACACAAGUUGGUGGUAAUAGUGGUGGUAGAGCACUUAACAAGAUUAACUGGGACAAAGAUGGAAGAAGAGUGGCUAUUGGUGCUUCGGAUGGUCGUGUUCAUGUUUAUGACAUUGGCGAGCUGAGUCAUCCUCGACCCGACGAAUCAGCCACAUUACAAAAAGUAAUAUCAGAAAUGAUUGCCAACACUGAAAGUGACGGUGGUCGCUAUGCAGCGAAGGCAUAA